AUGUCAGCCACAGCUCGUCUAACCCAGAUCACCAAUCAGAUUCUCCCAAGCACCGCCUCUCCCCGCGACCGCCUGGCAGAGAAGCACGCCGAUGACGUUGUAAUAACAUGUGCGCUACGAACUGCCCUGUGCAAAGGAGGGAAAGGAUCCUUCAAAGAUACGCCAGCUCAAGACCUCCUUGCAGGAGUCCUCAAGGGCUUGAUUGAACGCUCAGGAAUCGAUCCGAGCCUCGUCGAGGACAUCCAUGUUGGAUCUGUUCUCGCACCUGGUGGUGGUGCGACUGAGUUUCGUGCUGCCAGCUUGGUGGCAGGGUUUCCCGUACAAACCGCAGUGUAUGGAUUAAACAGACAGUGUGCGAGUGGACUACAGGCGGUCGUGAAUGUGGUUAACGCGAUCAAGUCGGGGAUGAUUGAAGUUGGAGUUGGUGCAGGUGUUGAGUCUAUGAGCACCCAAUAUGGCCCUGGUGCUGUGACUGAGUUCUCGGAGCUCCUCGAAUCCCACCCAGAAGCCAAGAACUGCAAGGUUCCUAUGGGAGUUCUUUCUGAACAAAUGGCUAAGGACCGUAAAAUCCCACGCACAGCACAAGACGCAUUUGCCGCCCAGUCUUUCCAGAAAGCCGAAGCUGCCCAAAAGGCCGGUCUCUUCGACGAGGAGAUCUACCCUCUCGAAGUCAACUUCGAGGACCCCAAGACCAACGAAGUGAAGCGCAUCACCGUCUCCCGCGAUGACGGAAUCCGCCCUGGUAUGACCGCUGAAGGUCUUUCCAAGAUCCGCCCCGCGUUCGCUAAGGAUGGGUCCAUCCAUGCCGGGAACGCGUCGCAAAUCACUGAUGGCGCUGCUGCAGUCCUUCUGAUGCGUAGGUCGACUGCCGAGAAGCUUGGACAGAAGAUUAUCGGAAAAUUCGUUGCUGCUUCUAUUGCUGGUGUUGAGCCACUGUUGAUGGGAAUUGGGCCAUGGGCCGCCAUCCCGAAGGUGUUUGCGAAAACAGGGAUCACGAAGGAAGAUGUCGAUAUCUUCGAGAUUAACGAGGCGUUCGCGAGUCAGUGUUUGUGGUGCGCGAACGAGCUCGGUUUGGACCCGAAGAAGAUUAACCCUAAGGGAGGUGCUAUCGCUUUCGGACAUCCGCUUGGGUGUACAGGUGCGAGACAGGUUAGCACCCUGUUAACGGAGUUAAAGAGAACAGGUGGAAAGAUCGGAGUUACUAGUAUGUGUAUUGGGACAGGAAUGGGAAUGGCGAGUGUUAUCGUCGCUGAAUAG